UUCUCCAUUGAACCACUCACACGCAGAGAAAACUGAAGCAGCUAGAUAGCUAUGGAGGAGGCGAUAGUUGUGUACCCAACACCAGCCAUAGGCCACCUGAUUUCCAUGGUGGAGCUUGCAAAACUAAUACUCACCCACCACCCUUCACUCACCGUACACAUCCUCAUUGCCCCGCAACCGUACAACGCCGGUUCAACGGCUCCAUACAUAGCCGCCGUUUCUGCCACCACCCCCUCCAUCACCUUUCACAAUCUCCCCAACGUUGAUCUCCCUCCCACCGCCUCUCCCAACCAUGAAACGCUUACCUUUGAGCUCCUCCGCCUCAACAACCCCAAUCUCCACCAAUCUCUGCUCUCUAUCUCCAAAGGCUACGCCAUCCACGCGCUCAUCAUGGACUUCUUCUGCUCUCACGCUCUCUCUGUUGCAGCGAACCUCAACAUCCCCGGCUACUACUUUUUCACUUCCGGUGCCGGUUGUCUCGCUUACUUUCUAUAUCUCCGCACCAUGGACAGAAGCACGACAAAAAGCUUCAAAGACCUUGACACCCAUCUCGACAUUCCCGGCGUACCCCCUAUGCCGUCCUCGGAUUCGCCGAAACCGGUGCUCGACCGUGACGAUGAGGCCUACAAAUGCUUUCUUGAGUGCUCAUUCAGCAUGGCUAAAUCCGCAGGAUUAAUUGUCAACACUUUUGAGUCGCUGGAGCCGAGAGUUAUCAAAGCGAUAUCAGAUGGGUUAUGCGUCGUCGACGGUCCAACGCCGCCUAUUUUCUGCGUAGGGCCGCUGACUGCUAGUAGCAAUAAAAGAGAUGAUCCGGCGAGCUGCUUAAGGUGGCUUGAUUUGCAGCCGAGCCGAAGCGUAGUGUUUUUAUGUUUUGGAAGCUUGGGACUGUUCUCAUUGGAUCAGUUGAAGGAGAUAGCUAUUGGGUUGGAAAGGAGUGGCUUGAGAUUUUUGUGGGUGGUACGCAAUCCACCGACGCAGGAUCAUAGCUUGGCGGUGAAAGCGCAACCUGAGCCGGACUUGGAUCUGUUGCUUCCGGGGGGUUUCUUGGAAAGGACGAAGGAGAGAGGCCUGGUGGUGAAGUCUUGGGCGCCGCAGGUGGCGGUGCUGAACCACGAAUCAGUGGGUGGAUUUGUGACGCAUUGCGGGUGGAACUCGGUGCUGGAGGCAGUGUGCGCGGGGGUGCCGCUGGUGGCGUGGCCGCUCUACGCUGAGCAAAGGUUGAAUAGGGUGAUGUUGGUGGAAGAAAUAGGAAUUGCUUUGCCGAUGAAGGAAUCGGAGAGUGGGUUUGUGAGUGCGGCGGAGGUGGAGAAGCGAGUUAGAGAGUUGAUGGAGCCGGAGUCGGAGGAAGGAAGGUCGAUCAGGGAGAGAAUCUUGUCUAUGAAAAAUGAAGCCAUGGCUGCUCUCGGUGAAGGUGGAUCGUCUUGCAUGGCCCUAGCCAAACUCCGUCAGUCGUGGAUGCAGUGAUGGGUCAAAUCUUUGCUGUUAAAAUAUUAUUAAAUGAUUAAAAUCUUAUCUUCUCACUUAAGUGUUUGGGGGCAAUUUAAAAAAGGCUAAAACAAGUAUUAAAUAAGCUUUUGAGUUGAAUAAUAUAUAUAUAUAUUAUUGUUCUCCUAUGAUUUUUCCAAUAAUAAUAAAAAAAAUAAAAAAAAAAGAAAUUGUUAUCCUAGGAUUUUUUUUCUGUCCUUCACUUGGAUCUUUUUGGAGGUAAAGAAUUACAGGUCUUCACCAUAUCUGGUCCGUAGAUAGUAGAUGACAAUGAUGUUGGCAGCAGCAGCUGUGUCCACUCUUUAAUUCUACCUUUCUCUUUUGAUGUGCAUGUGUAAUGGCACUCUUGCCUUAAAAAAAGAGAAAUUAUUUUUGUCAUUUUCCGUUCUCUAUAUGUGCACCACAGACUUAAUGAUGAUUUGAAAAAUUAAGUGAAUAAAAAAAUAUCAAGAGAGAAUAUAUAGCACGUCUCUUAUUUC